AUGUCUACAGCACAAGCUGAUGGUAGUCUAUGGAAGAUGACUUCCAGUCAAAAACGUAAUAGCGAUGGAUCAAUUAUUGAUUCAUAUACACAAGCAAUCAUAAAUAGAGAUGAAAGUGAACAACGAAAACAAGAUGGUAGUAGUGGAUUCUUUUUGACUGAUAAUCAAAAAGAUACAGAGCUUACUGAUACGAAAGACAAAACAAAUAAACAAUGA